AUGCAGAAGAGAGCCACGAGCAUCGCAGAGUUUUUCCUAGCGAAGAGAUCGGAUCAAGCAGAACAGCUUGAUGGUGGACGAGCGACGCAGGAAUCAUCCAGGUAGGAAGCCAUUUUUCAAUUGAGUUUGUUUUCGGUUUUUACGUUGGGUUUGGAGAAAUAUGUGAGAAAUUCUACUUAUCGUUCUGUUUACUUCUUCCCGCUUUAAUUCCUUUUUUUGAGGCGAAAGAAUAACCAACAGAUUGCUCACUUAUCGUGCUUUUUUAAGUUGGAUGUCUGAUUGUUUUGUUGCAGAUCUUCACAAGAUCCGCCAGCGCCGAGCAAGGCUGGCAGUGAUACGGCGGACAGCCAAGAAAGGUACAGAUUUUUGCUUCGUGGCAAGCAUGAAACUGUUACUAGCAACCCAGAGAAAAACCGCUUAAAACGAAAUCGGGACUGAUGAGGACUACAAAUUAACUAGUUGAUUCAAUGAAACCGUAAUUUCACCACCAUAAUUUCAACUACAUUUUUGACGUGGCUACGUUAACAAUGUCAUGUCUUUUAUUCUGUGUAGGCCUUCUUGUUCCCGCCGGCCGAGGACUCAAAAAAGCAGUCGCACCGAAGCAAGGUAAAUGGUUAACAAUUUUCGUUUACUUCACUUAGUAUUGCCCAACCCCGUGAUCGUUAUUGCGGAUUUGAGACCAUUUUCGAAAUUGAUCGGUUUUUUUGUUGCCUUUUGUUGGCGGGAGUUUAUUUACAUGAUUGAUUGGGUUUGGUUAAGUCAUAUACCCUUGCUUUCCUAUGUACCAACGAAUCUAAAUUUCGUGUAUUUCAAUUUCAACUUCUGCAUAGAAAAUUGGCAGCAAACUAUUUCCUUUUUAAAAUUGGAAUCAAAUCUGAUGAUCAAUGCAGUUUCUGUAAAGAAAGCUCGGAAACUCUUUUGCACCUCUUUUGGGAGUGCCCGUUCGUUAAAUCCUUUUGGAAUGAAAUUAGUAAUUGGAUGACAAAAAGCUCUUGCUUUCGUAAGGAAGAAUUCUCCUUUUUGUCUUGCAUAGGCCUCGUGAACGACACUACAAACCCGCUUUUCCAUCAUGCACUUUUAACUGGGACUUAAAGAAAAACUUCAAAAUGAUCGCUUUGUCGAGAUGUACGGAGAACAGCAAUCGCGCUAACUCCCUAUAAAGGCUCUUUCAGGAUGUUUCUAGGCGGAUAAUCAGUAAUCGUGCGUAGCGCGUGUGUUUGCGUGUGUAUGUGUGCGCGUGAGUAUGCAAAAACUACUCAAGUAGCUUUGGCUACUCUGUAUUAUAUAUCUGGACUGUUAAGUAAUUACUGUAUAGUAUGUAAGUAAUGUAGAUCAGUGACGCAAAUAAUAUAAAUUAAUUAAAAAAAGGGGAGGCUACUAGAGAUUUGUCGCUUCUCAUGUCCUCAUAAAUUUCUUUAGUAGUCUAUUGCAAUUGAAGGUGUCUUUUUGACAACGGGGUUAAACGACUGUAUCUAUUUGCUGUGUAUUAAUGGAUUUCUGUUUUUUUCAGACAGUUUUUUGACCAGGAGGCGAGAGCAGAAGGGACACGAGACGGCCGAAGGUAGGUCAAGCAUCUUUCUUAACAUGCAUAACCCUCGUAUGCGGCUGUGCUGAGGAAUGAGGAAAAUACUUCACAGUAAUAUUUUCCCGCGAAAUCGCGCUACAGAUUGCCGCGAGGGAAGGGAGGAAUCAAGAAUUAAAAACAACGACAACAACAACAUGACUUUAAAAACUUUUUUAAGAGAUCACUUGAGGAGUAUUUGUGAAAGAAAGUUUUUCAAGUUGUCAUCAGCUAUUUCGCCAAUUUUUCCUUCUUUUCGGUGACAUGUGCAUUGACGUAGAAUAGCCCGUACGGGAAUGUUGGUAAGUUUCUAUGUACGUGUUUAUACGACGUUUGGCGUUUGCCGUCAACGCCAUUCUAAAUGAUCUGCUGUCCCUCUGCACUUACAGCGCUGACCACGACGAUGAAGAAGAUGAAGAUGGUGACGUUGAGUCCUCACAGGACAGGGCCUUCUUCGUGGCGGACCAGGAUGUGGUCGAGGAAAGUAGUCAGUCCUUUUAUCGACAACAGGACGCGGCUUCCCUCCAAAGGGACGUCGAGAGUGUGGAGCCAUAUUUCCCCUUGGCAUUCGCAGAAUCCGCCGACCGGCCUCUAGCCUUCAACUUUGACUUGUUUCUGCUAGACAGCCUGUCGUUGCCAAGGCACAUAGUGCCUCGAGAUUCACAGGAGGAGGUGUCCAACGCAGUUUUGUUCGACAACGCUGCCAGCGCUAUCAGCUACUGCACCGAGAGACUGGAAAGAGGGUGGAAAGAUACGCGUCCUGCCGCUGAUCCAACUGAACGGGCAAGUCGCAGACACACCCACCCAAAGGUGAACAAGUGGGAACUCUUUCGCCGUCACAGCGCACGUUUGACCGAGGCUCUAACCAGCGGACAAGCGCCGUUUGAUGCCAAUUUAAACCGCGUUCGCAUGGACAGGUACGUUGCUUAGAGACACUCGUAAAAAGCUAUUUUCUUUUUUUUUUUGGGGGGGGGGGGGUUUAUUCGCGCGAACUGGCGAUAUUUUGUUCCUUUUGUUUCCUAUUUAUUGGCGAUUUUCUAGAAAGUACACAGCAUUGAUAACAUUUUCGUUUAGUAAUCCUACAAUCCUAUGUACACCGUUUCGUUUCCGAAUGAAGGGGGCAAGUUGUAAUUGAACAGACACGAUUGGUUAGUACUUAACUUCUGUGUAGCGAAUUUAAGUUAUAGAGAGUAUUCACCCUGGAGUAGAUUUUACGUGUUUGCGGUAACUUUUAUUUGCGGGAACUUAUUCAGUCGCGGACCGCUGGAAAAAAAACCGCCACACGGUACCCAAUCAACUAAUAAUUUUAACAACAAAAUCUUGAACGGCACACUUACGAAGCCCUGUCUGUUUUGGAACGACUGGUUUGGGGGCGCAAAGCAGGAAACCUAUAGACAAGCCUUUAUGGACUGACCCUACUCUCUUGCUCUCCUAGGUUUGGAAAUAUCAUGAUCUGGGACGCUCCGGCCUGGAGCCUCGCAAGCCCUGAAUUCACGCACGGCUUUCCCAAGCGGCUGAUAGUGCAAGAACAUGGGGGUUUCUUACCGGGGAACAUAACCGUGUCGGCGAAGGCCAGCAAUUUGACGCUGAGGCGACUGGCGGUGUGCGACGUGGCCUGCUUGGUCAGUCAAGCAACGACCGCCGGCUCAGGUCUGAGCAGAGCACGGCUCCUUAACCUCCGCUACGCGGCCAUCAGUUACCAGAGUGGGUCAUUCUGCCCGCAGUACCUGGCUUCCGCCAUGGGAGAGUUUGGCGUAAACUUCGCCACCUUUGAGGCAUUAUCGGCAGACACCUUGGACACGCUUCACGCCAGCCUCAUGCGGGGUUAG